CUCCGGAUAAGCUCUCGCAGCUGCACACAAGUCCGAGAAGGACGAGCGGAGGAGGAGGUAUCAGGAGAAUAAGAGGGAGAUAGUGUUUUUUAGGAGGUGAAGAAGUUUUAAUUUUAGUCCACUGUUGGAGUUUUGUGUUUACCUGGAACUUUACAUACCUGGGAGAAAUGUAGGAACUUUCUGGUCGCUUUUGUCGUUGUUGUUUCACGAUGGAGGAACCUGCGACAAGGCAAGUGGUCAAACCCCGACUCAUAACGUCCCGUUUUCAGCUGGGUACUUUUAGAGUUGGAGCAGUUUUACAACUUCAGAUGUAGACAUGGUUGACUGUUUUUAAGUAACGUGAUAUUUUAGCAGGUGUUUGAAAAGAAUAAGCCGAAAAUAUUCUGACAUUACCCUCCGCAGAGAGUCGGAGAUGUCCCUGUCAGACGGUGCCUCGGACGACGACCUGCCGUUAACGUUACCCACAGAUGGCAGCCACAGCGGGAGCAUCCGCAAGGUGGGACACGGACACACACACACAUACACACACACACACACACACACACACACACACACACACACACACACACACACACACACUGAAGCUGAAGGUCUGACAACUCUGGAGAAUCUAUUAGUACUAUUAGGUGUGAGAGAACUGCGAAGGUACGCACGAUACUCGAUACACCGAUGACGAAAAUAUCGCGAUAAAGGAGAUCGGUAUAACGAUAGAGCACAAUAUCUGAUUGACUAGAGCAGGACUCGUCAGUUCGACUGUUUCACUCGUAUUUGCGACUAAAAAUAGAUGUGUGCGAAUUGUAAAAUGUAUAAAGGGUCACGUGUGCAUGAAAAAAUCAUGUAAAUACUGCGGUGAAGUUAGUUUUAGGUUGGAUAUAUUUUCCUGUAAAUACAGCGGUGAAGUUAGUUUCAGGUUGGAUAUUCGACGGACAUUCACUGAGGAUCUACAGGUGUCUUCUCACUCUCCAUAACCGGGAAUAACAACAGCAGCGCGGUUAAAUCUACUCGCCACCCUCACUGUCAACGUCUGCGUUGAAUAAGGGACCGUCAAUAAAUUACUGUUUGACGUUCUCAAAAAGGCUGUUUUCCUUCAAUAGCUUCCAUGUCAUGUUACCAAUUGACUUAAAAUUGAUUUCAAAUAAUAGCACUGAGGUCGGACAAUAAGACAAACAUUAUUUGAUCAAUUUUCAUUGUGCCCCUAAAGUUUUUUGUGUGCUCCUUACUUUUUCAACUUAGAAGCUCAUGUGAAAAAAGUUAGUGUCAAGCCGUAGACUGGAGGAUACAAAAGACUCGUGAAAGGCAAAUGAUUAGAUAGGUGCUUAUAUUUUGGCACUAGCAGUUUGGUAACAGUAUGGAUGUCCAGAUACCCAUCUCAAUUAUGGCAUCAGGGCCAAUCUGACCAUUUUGAACAGAAGUAGGAUCAGCAGUAUGAGCCAAUCAUCAGGAUAUGUGGGAAGAGGAGAGAGGGGAGAGACAAGCAGCAUCCACCAACUGCUAUGACGAAGACUAUAGCCUCUAUACAUGGGACGCUCAGACUGCAAGACCUUUAAACCAAAAAGCCAAAUCAGUUUAACAGCCACUUGCAGCAUAUGUAACAUGUUCAUUUCACCAGGUUGAUGCAUUUACGCAGUUUGAUGCGACAUCUGCAAACCGAACAUGCAGCUGAACGUGGCGAGUUCACUAAAGCAGUAGUGGUAACACCUUUAUCGAGAGUUUAUGAACAUGAUUUGACUGUACUUAGUUUUACAACACAUAUCAGGAGCUCUGCAUUCUCGAAACGGAACUCUGAGCUCUCCGUUUCGUGUCGUCGCUGAGUCUCACUGCUCUCUGGAUUCCUCCACUUUUCAGUUUAAGCUGUGGUAUUGAAUGGUCAUCAGUUUGAUGGGUCUUUCUGAGUUUUACGAUAAUGCUAGCCGGACCAAGUGAAAUCAGAUGUACUGAAGAUAUGUUCAAGCUUAUUUGUUUACAUGUAAACAGGAUGCAGCUUUAUCAUUUGGGUAAAUACAAGGAGACUAAAUAUCAACAGAUGCUCAAUUAUUAAAAAACAUUGGGCUUGUUUCCUUUAACUCCACCUGAACUGCUUUUGAUGUGUCCGAUUGUUUUUUGCGUCAUUGCGGCUGAACAAUAAGACUUAAAGCCACCUGGGCAUUGAAGCUUUCAGACUUUAUCUGCACAGAUGUCGGUCUUGACUCUGUCCUCCUGCCCCUGUGACGGAGGAGCAGAGGCGGGAGCUCGGCCAGGAGUCUAAUCCACACAGCCACUCGGAGGAUUACUUUGACGUAUGCAUGCUAAACAAACAACUUAACCGGGUGAGAGGCAUGAAAAAGAUAGAGCGAGGGAGGGUUUGAGAAAAACUGAAUCUGCAAACGCAGAGAAAGACGGUGAAUUUAGGAGGUUCGAGGAUAAGGAAGGGGAGUGUGCUGAUUGUUUACAGUGCAACUGCUCUGUCUGUCAUGUUUCUGUGUGUGAUUAUAUCCAUGUGUGAAGCUGUGGCUAAUUGUCUGACAGAUUUUGAGCUUUAGGGAGCAGCAGUUUAACAAUCAGUGUGAGAAGCCGCCCUGGUGGUAUGAAAUGAAGAGGCCUGUAGGUCCCAAACAGACUCACAUCUUAGACAUUUCACCAGAUAAAUCCAAUUACUCCUCUUUGCACCACCACCUUUAGUUAUGAUCAUGUUUAGCACCAUCCUCUCUCUCUCCUCCUGCGCUCCCAGUUCAUCACAACCUCCGUCAUCUUUGGCUCUCCUCCCUUUGUGUCCUGGAGUAAACCUCUGAGGCAGCUCUCUAUCCAAAGUGCAGCAUAAGGUCACCAAUGAGAUGUACUAUUAAGAUGCUUCAGGAUUAAAGAUCAUUUCUGCUCUGUUAUAAAUGUAGAUGUUUAAUUACAGUGACGCUAAUCCCCUCAGCGUAAACUUUAUCAGCUGCUCUUGUACGGCUGUGUUCCCUUUUUUUACUUUUUCCUGUUUAGGUUGCGCUGUUUUUGUAUUAUAAAGACAUGCUUUUAUUUUGAAAAGAAUUAGGUAGAAAGUAAGUGUCAGAAUUGAAUGAAAACAGCUAACAGAAAAGUAAAUAACAACUUCUUCUAAUGCGUUAAUCCCUAAAAUCCCACUUUUUGGUUUUAACGUUAGUUUAUUGUCAACAAGAAGACAGUUAUCAUUGAAACCAGUGAUGUGUGGCAGGUUUUGGAAAAAAGACUCGCUGGUUGUCUGAUGUUUGAGUUAACGGUCAUGUGUCGGCGCCGUCACCUGGACGUCUGAGGAGACAGAGCAGGUCGUCGGCUAAUGAGGAGCACUGAUUUGAUCUCUUGCCCUCUUUUCACUCAGUACUAAACCUCCAAAGAUGAACUUUUAAACUUUUAAACACCUUUAAUAUCCAGAGAGACAUGAGUUAGAAGGUUUCAUAUUUAUUUACAAUAUCACUUUUAUACCUAACAGUUCAUCUUUGUCCUAGAAAAUCCCGCAGUUUUAUUUUUAGUGAUUUUUCCUCCUAAAAAAAAAGUGAGUAUCGUUUUAUAGUUUGAACUUCUCUGACUUUUCACAGAAUAACUCCUGAAAUCUGUUCAGAGUUUGAGACUUCAGUUCACAGCGUCAUAGUGACUUUUGGAGAGUCACGUUUUAUCUCCCUAAUUAAAUCGACCUUAUCCUCCGAUUGUCUUUUAAUCUGUCGUCUGUGUCAGAGGAGGGUUUUUUUUGUGGGGGGAGAACUUCAGAAACAGUCUGUGGAUUAAUUCAGUAAUCCUUUACUGGUUAAUGCUGUCUGUCUUUGAGGUAGUUAAAUGGAAAUGAGACAUAAUAACUGGGUCAUAGUUUGUCAUUUGUACUGUACAAAUCACAGUUCUACGUUUGCAAUCCCUGGACUCUAAACGGGUCAGAUUCAUGUUAGUUUUCUCUCUUUUUUCCUCUCUGCAGGGAUGUGACCCCUUCGCUCAGACUCAGAGGAGUAAACUGCAGCACCGGCGAGCUCGAAUCAACCAGCAGAUCAAUAAAGAGAUGCGCAUGAGAGCGGGAGCAGAAAACCUGUUCAGGUGAGACUGAAAAUGUUGAUGUUGUCAAAGCGGUGUUAGCGACUGACAGACUUUUCCUGCAUCAUCUGAUUUAUUGAAAGAUGUUAAAUCAUUUUAGAGACGAGUACAGCUCAAAAUGUUGACUUGAAAAAGGGAAACUGCAGGUAAGAGUCAAAAUAAAGGUCCUCUCAGCUGAUUUAUGAGACCAGGUCUCCUCUGUGGUGGUUGCUCUUUGUUUGCUUGUUAGUUCUGUGACAUUUGUGUUGGUGUCCUGUGAUGGGAAAAGGUCAGAGAUCACUGCCCUCUAAACGACACGAGCUGCUGCACCGCCCAGUUUUACAGCUCUGUUUGUGUGGACAUGCAUAUUUAUUCGACCUUUCUCUCGCCGGGUCGUAUAGUUUUUAUGUUUCCUCUCUCUGUUUUUUGUAUUUUUUUACACCCACAUAGAAAAAUAUUGAACUCUGGAUACUUUGGCACCACCGAGCUGUCAAGGUUACUCGGUGAAGAAAUGAGGGAAAUAGUAAAAGAAAUGGUGGCAGGACAUCAAAGUGUUCCCUCUGAGAGCAUUAGCGUCAUCUUGAUCCCCUCCUCUCUCUACUUUUACUUUCUCAGACUCUAACAUGUGUCUCUCUCUCUCUCUCUCACUCAGAGGUGAAUUACAGAGAAAGCUGAAAGUAUGAGUUUAAUAUAUGUGCAUACAUUUGCUCUGGACUUUUGUUGUGGUAGCUGGUAACAUGAAUAGACCACUGUGUAAAACUCACUCGUAGUGAACUUGCUGGCACUCCUUUUCCUCAUAAAGAUUCAGUUUGGGAGUCUAAGGAGGAAGAGGAGGAGGAGGAGGAGCCUCUUCAUUAAAGCAGGGGGCUGCUUUCUCUCCUCUCUGUGGUUUAGAGUCAGAAUCUAAUUAGAUCGACACAGAAAACAAGAGUGUCUUUAAUUAAAGGAGGAACCCUCAACACUCGAUUUGGCUGCAGCUGCUAAAUUCUCACCUUGAGGAGUGGAUGGAUUAAAGUACGGUGGCUGGGAAGUGCAAAUCAAAAUGACAAAAUCUGAAAUGCUUUUACAAACUACAAACAAACGAUUAAAAAAUUAAUGUAACAAGUAAAACACUUUUACCACGGAGACCAGGGAAUCACUUCAGGGUCAGGUUCCAUAUUUGGCACAUUCCCUUUCCGUCGAAAUUUCCGUCUCAAAGCUUGUAAAAGUGUUUUGCAUUUUGUACAUAUGUUUUGUCUUCUGUAAAAGUGUUUUGCAUUUUACACAUAUGUUUUGUCUUCUGUAAAAGUGUUUUGCUAGUUACUUUUUUUUUUUUAAUUGUAAAUAUGUUUUGUAAAAUAUAAAUUUGUUCAAAGUUUGGAAAAGUGUUUCAGAUUUUGUAACUUUGAUUUCCCAGCGACUGUAUUAUGGAGAUUGGGAUUACUACUUUGACCAAAUGCAUUUUUACUCUGAAUAAUAAAUAUUUGCAACAUCAUAUAGGAUUUAACUAAUGCUAUUACAAAGCUACAUAUACUGUUUUAAAAAGGAUGAAUAAUAUCAACAGCAGAGCAGACUCGCACUCACGUAAAUCGAGGCUCAAAUUUAACUAAAUGUGACAAAGAACUGGAGUAAAAAGUUUAACCCUCACAGCGUUUUCCACUUUUUUACAUGCUUGUUCUUACUGACAAUAAUAAACAUGUCCAAACAGUUGGGUGUCGCCGGUGAUGCUGGUGUGCAGAGAAACCUUCAUGCUAGCUUUACCAGUCUCUCUCUAUACGAGUUCAGGUUGUUUAUCUCUGAAAAUCACAACUUUAGUCUGCAAAGUUAGAAUUCAGUCAUUGCUCCUUGUCCUCAGAUGCUCAUGCAUUACUGAUACACACCAAACAAAAGCAUCAAAAACUCCUUAUAGUGGCUUUAUUUGCAGCUUACAGGUAUAGUGAUUAGUAUAAGUGUCAUUAAUUUACUAAAAUCUUCUUUUCUGAGUUUGGAAACAGUGAGUAUGUCACUCUGAUCGACAGCUCAUCAGCUAGUUAAAUUUUUGUGGUUUUGUUGUUUUAUAUGAUAAUUUAUAUAAAUGCAAACUAUAUUUUUAAUAACCCAAAAUCUUCAGGAUUAUACUCCUGUGUUUGUCUUUAUAAAUGUGUUCCUCUUUGGAGACGACGCACAAGUAAGCAAGAACAAGUGCUUGUUGCAGCCCAUCUCUUCUUCUCCUCUUUCUUCGUCUUCUUCUUUUUCUUCUUCUUUUUCUUCGUCUUCUGACUCACUGAGGAGUGCACUUUCUCUCUUUUUCCUCUGAACUCCCCCCUUUCAACAGGAUUCAGGCUGUUAUUGUGAAAGUGAUGACUCAGUUCAGGGGAAAUAAAACAAGCGCUCCUGCCCUUUCUAUUGGGACGACAGGUCACAGAGACAAAGAGGACCCCCACACGGCCCGCCUGCCUGUAAUCAGCCGGCUUUGUGUCCACCUCCCGUCCUGUUCCCAUGCAGAGAUUCCCAACAGAGCGAGCUCAUCCCCCACUGAUUUGUCUGGCACCAUCAGACCUUUUUUUUCUUGUCUGUCCUCCCUCUUUCCGGUCAACUGGAAUCAUCCACACACACACAAAGGUCCCUGCUUUCAGUUUCACUUCACUCACUCUGAAACAGUCGUAGUGUGAGUCCUGGAGGGUGAGGUGAAGGGGUGAGAGAGGGGUUAAGAUGCUAAUUAAAGACAAAAGCGGGGUAGUCCCCUCAGGUCAGGAUGUGAGUGAUUCUCUGUGGGAACUCAGCUGAGCUCUGACAUCUCAAUCCUGGUCCUCCUAUCAGUCAGGGAGGUGAACACAUGAACGUAACAUCUUCAUAGAGGACCUGCUUUUUGGCUUCUCUCAGCACACACACACUCACAGGAAGUUAUUUUUACCCUCCAAAAGCUACGCUGUGGUGUGCGUGCGAGUCCCUAUGUGCAUGGAGGGGAUAUUUGGCAGCCCAUUUAAAGCUGACUAAUCAGAUUGCCCUUGGCUUGAUCCUAGAAGAGGUGUGUGUGUGUGAGUGUGUGUGAGCGUGUGUGUUUGUGUGACUGAGAAAGAGAGGGACAGAUGAGAGGAGUAGUAAAGGUAGAGUGGUCUCACUGGACAGAUUACCGUGUACCGGAGCUCAGAGGUGAGCUUCAGCAGCUUGACUUUAGUCACGGGUCAAACAGUCACAACUUUCUCUUUCUUCAGAAGUCGCCGCUGAUCAUCGUGACGAAGCGAAAGGAGCGAGAGACGAUUCUGAAAAAGAGAAGAUUUUAGAUUAAUGCACGAGACCAGUGCAGUUUAUGUGUAUCUGUCUGAAUCUGCUGUUUCCCUCAGCGUACAAGUGCGUUACAUGACCAGCUGAUCAGGUCUGUUAAUGCCGUUGAUUCAUGAACUCUACGUUUUACCUCUACAGUGACAGAGUUUUUACCUCAGCUGUAUUUUAUUUAUCUGGGAUUUUAAAACAGAACCGAAGAGCCAAGCAGAUCCACAACCCUCCUUUUAACCGCUGCUCCUUUAUCGAAAGUUAUCGGCUCGAAUGGAGCGACGUCAUGAUCGAGUAUCGAACGUGAAUCACAUAAUUUUUUAGUAAUCAAUAAAACUGUUGUCUUGAAUUUGAAAUAAAUGUAAGUGUGACAGGCUCCAUCAAUGACAUUUUUAUCUAUCAAUUUUCCAUGACAGUCUGAAAUUUAUUAAAUCUCGAUUUCUUUUAAUAUCUAAAAGUCGGAAAUGUACGAUUUGACCUGUAGGCGACGAGCAUUGUAGUGAAUGAAACAGAAGUGCAAUGACUAAUAAUGUACAUGAGAUUGCACAUUAUAAUAUACAUUAUAAUAUCCGGCUCUGCAGACACAUACUGUUGCAUUCAGGGGGUCAAAAUCAUCGUAGAGGAAUGAAGAGUAUAAAAGGCCAAUCCCUCUGAUACUGGGAUAAUUUGAUGUUAUUUUGUUAGAAUAAACCCAAAAUUUCACCGGUCGACAGACAAUCUCAUGUGUCUCCCACCUGCUGCUGACUCGUCAUUAUGACCUUCAGGAUUUCGUCUUAAACCAAACUGAAGGACUCUGAAUAAACACAAUAAAUACACUCGACUCAGUCUUUUCUUAUUCUGAGAUCACGAUCAAAUCAGAGGGACUUUCCUGAGCAACAUUUCCAGCACAGUGUGUUUCAUCAGUUACCACAGCAUCCCAGUGAGGUCCUGGAUUUACAGGAACACUGUGUGCUUUUUACUUUGGUGUGUGCAGUCAGUGUGAGCUGGCUUUACUCAGCACUAAGACCCUCCCCCCUGAUGUGAGGAGGAGCAGGGAGUCUUACAGAGGAUGGGGGAGGAGGAGGAGGAGGAUGAAGAGGGAGUCUUUAUCAGAGACAAGUUCCCAGCUUGGUUUGAGAUGUUUGUUAUUGAGGAUGUCUCACUGCAGCUAGUUUCUGAACACAAAUGAGUGAACGAUGUCAAAGCUGUUUGUACAUCACUCAGGUUAAAGUCUACACACCUGUGCUUGAUACCCAAACCCAUAUUAUAUCACCGUUUAGGUAUGUGGACCAAGCUCUAGCAUUAGUCGUAAAGGGAACAAACAGCCCUUAUCAGGACUUCAAAUGUAGUUGUUGGUCAAAGUCGAAGUCGAUUUUCAUUGAAUUAAUAAGACUGUGUGUAAAUGUGUGUGUGUUUAUUUGUGCAGAGCAACGAGCAACAACAAGGUGAAGGAGACGGUUGCUCUGGAGCUCAGCUUCGUCAACUCCAACCUGCAGCUGCUGAAGGAGGAGCUGGAGGAGCUCAACAGCAACAUGGAGGUCUACCAGACAGACAGGUACACAGACGUGACCGAACCCACAUCAGCCUCGAACCCCCAAACCCCUCGGUGGAGCUCCCUUUUCAUUUGCUACUGACGCACAUUUUAAUCUAGAUGUUUUACAACCAAUAUUUAAAUCCAAUAUAAACCUUUAAUAAGUAAUCCAUUAAUAAUUAAUGACAAUUAUUAUUAUGUUAAUGGUAAACUAUUAACUUACAUUAAUAACCUAUCUAUUUACCAUUUAUAAUAGGUCUAUAUGCUGUUUUUAAAUGAUGAUUAAACAUUAAUAAAUGAUCCAUUUACCAUUAAUAAAUUAUGGUUAUUGUAAAGUGUUACCAAAUAUUCUUAACUAGAUAAAAAUCGGGAUUUCAAUCUAGUUAUGAUAAUAUAUAUAUUUGGAUAAAGACGUAUAUCAACAAGGGUCCAUAUAAGCAUAAUAAAACCUGUUCACAGUUCGGGGAUUUUGCUCCUCUGCUGCUCGGGUCAUGAGAAGGAUAAAUCCCUGAUUAGAGCGUCCCUGAGGACCCUGAGGUGUGAGUGUGUUUGUUGUUUAUUGUGAAUGGGAUGGGGGGUGGCUGCGGCAGUGUGUGUGUGUGUGUGUGUGUGUGUGUGUGUGUGUGUGUGUGUGUGUGUGUGUGUGUGUGUGUGUGUGUGUGUGUGUUGGGACCUUAAGAGUUAAUGCUUGGCUUUGGCUUUGCUCAUUAGGAGGAUGAAGCUCUGAGCAUAGUGGUCUUGACGGUGGUCUGUGUGUGUUUACAUGCAAAGUGUAAUCUGUGAAACGCUACACACACAAUCACACACACACACACACACUUCAGACACACAUGAACACUAGGCAAGGAUCAUGAGGAAAACUGUUAGUAGGGCUGGGCGAUAAAACGAUAACGAUAUAUAUCAAAAAUUUAUUUCCCUCAUAUAUCGAUAUUAAACAAGGUCAACAUGCUUUUUGAUAGUCGUCAUUCUGACAUGUUUUGAUAGAGCCAAUGAAAAGGGGAGUUACUCAGGGUCUGCUUCGUGCUGAACCAAUCAUGUGCUGAAUUAGAACCAAGUAGCAAACAACUGCGCAGUAGCAGACAGCAGCUACACCCAACCAUACAGUGAUGGAGGAUCAGUUCUUUUGACUGAAUCUUUAGAAUCUGUUCAUUAAAACGAUUCGUUCAAAAGAUUCAUUCACUGAAUGAGUCAGUGCUCCGGAGCCCCGUCCUGCUGGUGCAGUACACCAGUGAGUGACACAGCGGCGAGUUCGUUCAUUGAAAGAGCCCCUCCCCUCCCCUGCUGCUGAAGUCACAGCGGAAAAAAUAUAUCGAGAUAAACUUUUUCCCGUAUCGUCCAGCCCUAGUUGAAAGUGUGGGGUUGGAUUUUAGAGACUCCGGUUGGAUAAAGAUGGAUAAAAUUCACUUAAAGUACAGAGAUUAUGUUGUUAAACUCCUCAGUGAGAGUCACAGACUGUUUCUGUGUCCGUUCACAGCGAGGCCAUCAACGUUCCCAUGAUCCCACUGGGGUUAAAAGAAACCAAAGAGGUGGACUUCGCCGUUUCUAUCCAGGUAAAGGAGCGUCCAUCUGUUUUUAUGUUAGACUUCAUUCAUAUAUCUAAGUCCUGAAGUUACACAGAGGCAGUAAAAUCCUCCACAGUUCAUUUUUCAUGUUUGUCUCCUCUCUCAGGACUUCAUCUGUGAGCACUACGGGGAGGACAGCUCCCUCUACGAGAAGGAGAUCAAGGAGCUUACGGAGCUCAGACAGGUUUACAAAAGCACUUUAAUAACUUUAAUCACAAAAAACUGAAAUAAAUUUAGUAUAAAAUCUGCUUUUAUUAAAGGAUUGUAAAAUAUGGGAGGUGGUUUUGAAUAAAUGAGCGUGUUUGUACCAGGCUAUGCGCACACCCAGUCGUAACCAGGCCGGUCUGGAGCUCCUGAUGGAGUACUACAACCAGCUCUACUACCUGGACCAGCGCUUCUUCCCUCUGCACAGGAACCUGGGCGUGCACUUCCACUGGUAGGAUUUCAUACUGCUGUACGAAAGCAGUACAAUCAAUGAAAAAUCACUCAUCCUAACGUACUUUGACUUCUCUGAAAACAGACACUGUGGAAAUGGUGGUUGAAAUAUCCUCAAAUAUCAUGUUUUUAUUUGUAGUCUCAAGUCUUCAGAGAUCUCUUGACACCAAAACAGGAAGCAUUGAGUCCGUUUACGCCCUGUGUUUUGUCUCUCAGGUACGACUCUCUAACGGGCGUCCCGUCCUGUCAGCGAACGCUGGCCUUUGAGAAGGGAAGCGUAUUGUUCAACAUCGGCGCUCUUUACACACAGAUCGGAGCUCGACAGGACCGCUCUGCUACAGCCGGCAUAGACAGAGCCAUAGAUGCCUUUCAGAGGGCUGCAGGUACUGAAACAGCACAUAUUUACCUGAAUGUUCCAGCGGCUUUACGCCUUUGUUUUGUGGGGACACACGGCCGGGACGUGCAAACAGAAAAACAGCCGAGUCAGCUUACUUCUGCUGAAUUUGUGUUCGCUCAGAAAACCGAAUCCAGAAGCAGAAAAAACUGAUUUCUUUUUUUUUUUUAAGGUGCGUUUAAUUACCUUAAAGAGAACUUCUCCAACGCUCCCAGUCUGGACAUGAGCUGUCCGUCUCUCUGCAUGCUGGUCCGGCUGAUGGUCGCUCAGGUGCAGGAAUGCGUCUUCGAGCGGGUCAUCCUCACCACGCAGGACACGCACUUCACCUCCCAGCUCAGCCUGGCGCAAGAAGCAGCACGGGUGAGUAAAGACGUGUGUGUUUGUGUCGUGUUGUUGUUGUUGUUGUUGUGCUGACAUCCUGUGAUAUCUGACUGUGUGUUUGUCCUGAAGGUGUCGGACGUCUACCUGUUAGUCCAUCAGACCAUGACGCAGCCUCUGAUGAAGGACUACGUGCCCUUUUCUUGGGCGUCCAUGGUCCAGGUCAAAUCUGAACACUUCCGCGCCCUCUCUCAUUACUACGCUGCUGUUGCUCUCUGUGACCACACAUGUAAGUCUUCACCAUGACGUUUCUUUUACGGUUUACCGUGUUCAUCUUUAAUACCUCGGUGUGUCCUGGUCUGUAGCUGCAGCAGCUGAUGAUGAUGAUGAUGAGGAGGAGAAGGAGCAGGAGGAGGCCGAUGAGGAAGCAGAGAAGGCUUUCCUCCAGUUCUACAUCAACGUUCCUGCAGAACCGACACUCAUCCAGGUUUUACAAGACGCUGAGAAAAGGAGAAAGCUCGGUGAGCUCUUGUGCGGAGAAGGAAGUUUGAAGAAGUAAAAACACAUUUUGAGAUUCCAUUAAAUAAAAAAUGUCCGCCAUCUUGUCUGCAGGUAAAGCUCACCUUCGCCGCGCCGUCAUCAGACACGAAGAGGCCAUGCGCGUCCACGGUCUGUGUAAGAUCCUGAGGAAGAUGGACAUCCUGCAGGACGUGCUGUCUCUGGCACACAAACGCUCUUUGGACAAAUACUCCGAGCUGGACCGGGAGGACGACUUUGACGAGACGGCAGAGGCUCCAGAGAUCCAGUGUAAGGACCGUUCUUUUAACCAUGGUCGUUUUGUUUUUGAUUUCUUCUUCUUCUUCAGUAAUCCUGUAUUUUCCUCUUCUGUCGACAGCUCAAACUCACAUAAAACCAGACAUCACUCCACCAAACUUCUCCACAGUCCAAGUUACAGACAUCUUCCAAAGACUGGUGAGACUCCAUCUGCAGGAGCCAAAUAUGUCGAUGUGAAAACAUGAGCUGCGGUUCACUUUGUGUGCCUCGUGUAUCUUGGGUUAUAAAGGUGGCCAUGUCACUGUUGUGGGCAGGUGUUUGACCCGGAAGGGCGAAAGGUUUUUGACCGUUUUUGAACUGCUGGCGUUUGCCUUGUUUCGUUUAGUGUUGGAUAUCAAUUCCAAAAUCGAUAAAUUUUUUGUUUGCUGAAUCGUCCGGACUGUCAAUGAUCAUCAUAACUCGCGGUAAAACUCAGCAGCGCGGUGCGUCAACCAGGUUACUCCAGGUCAAGCAUCUCAGUAGCUUUAAGUAUCGACUUACAGUAGCUCCUAGACGAUCAUUGGAGGACCUUUUCUUCUACACUAACUCACCCACAACGACGCUCCAAACAAUCCACUUUGACACAACUUUUGUUUGUUCGUUGGUGUAUUUUUUUCCAUUGUUGUCUUAAGUGUUCGUGCACUCAGAAGUUCAGGUUAAAAGCAAAGAUAAACACUGAAACUCUGCUGAUCUGAUGACAUCUAAACUGAAGCCGACUCUCCUCUGUGCUGCAGGGGCCUCUGUCGGUGUUCUGCGCACGAUCUCGCUGGGGUCCCGUGCGUGUGAUCUGCCUGCAGAGGGGAGAGGGAGGACUGGGUCUCACGCUGAGAGGAGACUCCCCCGUCCUGGUGGCUGGCGUGGUGCCUGGAGGCUGUGCAGCGGUGAGAGAACAGUCUUCCUCGGUUUAUUAGUAUGAGUUUUACUGAUCUGUCACAGCGCCGCAAGAAUGAGACAGUUAGUAAAGAGUUGUGUGGAUGUCUGGUGUGCAGGAGGCCGGUCUGAGAGAGGGGGACUACAUCGUAGCUGUGGACGGAGAGGACUGUAAGUGGUCCAAACACAGCGAGGUGGUCCAGAUGUUGAAGAACUGCGGCAAUCGAGGCGUGGAGCUCAGUGUGAUCACUUUACACUCCCACGACACACAGGUGAGUCUGAGUGAACGUGUGUUUAUGAUCCACGCUCAGCUGUGUUACAGUGACUUUACCUGUGUGUGUGCCAGCAGGCGGACAGAAGGACCAUCAUGCUCUCCAACAGCAGCGACAAAGAAAACACACGACAGCAGCGCCUGCUGGGCGCGGCGAAGGGCCAGAGCUCCGCCUCCUUGUUGAACUGGAACAGGAAGAAGAAGAGGGAAGGCAGCGGCCUCUCCAAGAGACUCGGAAGCACUUUCAGUUUGUCGUUUGGGAGCCUGAGAGACACGGAGGCCAUGUACUGAGACCGGACUGCAGAGGAGACACUCAGGGAAUCAGCUUGGCGUAGAAGAAGGAGCGAAUCCAGAGUUAGAGAAGUGUUACACCAGCAGAGGGCGCUGCUGCAGGGAGAGAAGCACAAGUACAACAUUAUUCUACUGCGGCACAAAUCAGUUUAUCUUAUGUGGAGGAAAACAUGUUUAUUUAUAAGCACCAUCCAUACAAAGAUUGAAUCAAAGUGCUUUAUAACGUUUUAAAAAAGAGGGAAAAAAAACAUUAUUUUAAGUGUCAGAAACUAAGAGAGGUGAUUUUAAUGUCCCUGCCAUGAAAAUUUCAACCGUUGUGCUUCAGAGGAGCAGCUGGACCACACUGCCUUUGAGUCUGAGGAUGUGCUGAUCAAACAGGAACGAGAUCAAACCGGUUCAGACGACCGUCGUUUGGUUUUAAGUUCGGUUAAGAGACGCCACCAAGAGUUAAAACGGUUCAAACUGAACUCUUUUAAAAGUGUUUUUAAAGUGUUUCCAACAGACUCGUAAACAAACCCAAGAUGCUAAAUCGCAGAAAUGAAACCCUUUAUAUAUAUAUGAGACGUGAUGCCUGACACUGUGUUGCUUCUGCUUUGCUCUGUGUACGAAAAGGCAGCUAAUAACUUUGAUUCAACAAACUAAAAACGGACGACCUUUACGGCUCAGGUCAGCUUCAUUUUGAUUGGCUGACAGCUGACUUUGCUGCGGCCGGACCAUCAGCGGUGACUUCCCGCCAUUCCCUCCGGUAACACGUAGCGACCGGUUUGCCGAUGCUGCACAGAGAUAGAUCACAUAGAUCCUCUCUGCAAACACAUCUAGAACAGAAACGAGAGAGUUCGACGAGAUUUGACCAAAAUAAGUUUACCCAUACUCGGUGUGAAUCGCUCUUUCUGCAUCUAGUCUUAGUUUGGAUAUACAGAGUUUUAAAGUGAGUCACCUGACCCCCCUCCUGUGCUGUGAUUGGAAGAAGACGAAGGGACUUAAGCAGAGGGAUUUAUGUCCAUCUGUGUAGGAUUAAUUCCAAACUUUUCCAAACUUUCCAGGUUAGAUUUUGGAGAAUAUAUCCAUAUUUCAUAAUUUGUCUCUUUAAAACCAACUUUGCUACAAUAGGCAACAGUGGAGGAGGCUUCCAGAGUGCCAGGGGGCCUUUAAAAAGACAGAAAUGUUGUUUUUAAGACAGGAGCUUGAUUUAGGACCCGAUCUGAGAUGGAGGUUUUCGCUGAAAAUCAUGUCGGCUUCAGUCCCCCUUUCAGGUUAAUCAUCACACAUCUGUGUAGUCUUUCUAAGUUAACCAGACUCUAUUUAGAGCCGUUAGAGCAACAGGAUACUAAAACAUUAAGAACUGGUAAAUCUAGACAGGAACUCUGGUGUUGAGACGUCAAGAUUAAAUGUAAACAUCCUGAAUGUAAAUACCAGCGACGUCCAGAUCUGUGAAGUUUGAGCCAAUCACAGCACAGGAGCGAGGAACAGUUAGGCUGACUGAAACAUGGUCUGUCGUAAAAAGACGUUUUACUCUGCUGAGUGAAAACUGUCCCAUCAUUUCUCGUGUCUUAUAUCCUCCUGAAGAUCUGAGCUGAACAAGUUCUCCGCUGAAGAGCUCCAGAACCAGAACCUUCCAAACAGAUCUGGACCACUAACCCGCUCACUAACAGAACUUUAGUCUCACCUUUGGACCGGUGUUGUGGAGAAUAAUGUUGAUUUUUGUCGUUGUUAGAGAACUUAAGGCACUUCAGAGGUUAGAGGUUUUUAUUUUGUGUCUUUACUGCACUGUGAAAAUGAAACAGGAGGACGCUCUUGUUGAUUUUGUAGUUUGAAGGUCAUGUUUGUUUCCAGGCUGUGAGAGGUCGGGUGUGUGUGCGCGCUUUGUUUUGUAUUAAAGUGAAGUCCAGCCACUGAACUGUAUGUCACAGUCAGCCAACACUAGGGGGCAGUAGACGAGGAUGUUAGCGAUAAAAUGUCUCUUUUGUAAGAUUUUGAUACGUGUCGUACGAUUUUGGGAAAUGUUAGCACAUCUUUGUUUAGUCCAGAUUUUAAAAAACUUAAUUCUGUGUUUGAUUUUGAUUUUUCUGUUCUGUUUGUGCCAUGUGGGUCUGUCAUCAGGGGACGGGAAGUCAGAAGGGUCAUAUUCAUGAUACACUGUAGCAUGAUAAAAAAACAGGAGAGGUACUUUUGAAACAUGAAAACAGUUUUCUUUUUAAAUCUAAAGAAGGUUUGAAAACUUUAUGCCAUUUCCUGUGCGUCUAAACUAAGACACAGUUUCUAAAUUCUAACAUAAAUUUGUGUUUUUUUUAAACCUGAUAGGGUAAGAGAAUAUCCACAUUUUUACCUGGGUAUUUACAGAAAAGAAAAACAAAUUAAUUAAAUGCCUGUUUAAUCCUAUGAAAGGAUAUUUUGCAAAUAUGUUAAGAAGUCAACAUUUUUUAAUCAUCUUGGUACAAACGAGGAUUAGGGCCACAUAAAGAGAAAAAAAAUAACAGGAAGGAGAUGAAAGUCGAAAUUUUGAGAUUGAAGUCAGAAUUUCGAGUUAAAAAAAUAGAAAUUAUGACAAUAAAGCCAGGAUUUCCGGGUUAAAAAUUGAAAUUUUGAUAUGAAAGUUGAAAUUUCGAGAUUAAAGUCGACAUAAAUAAAGUCAAAAUUUCAACUUUUUAAAAUUUCGACUUUUAUCUCGAAAUGGAAAUUUAAAAAUAUCUCCCUCUUAUAAUUUUUUUUUUUCUCUCCUUGUGGCCCUAAAUCCUCUUUUGUAUCUCGGAGCUUCUACUCCCUCUAUGAGCACAUUUUUUAACCUUGAAUUUGACCUUGGAUUUCUAAUUUUUCGACCCUCUUGCCUUGAGCUGAACGUUUUCAUUAGCGGCCCUAAAACUUUGCGGUACAUUUUUGUAUUAAAUUGAAACAAUAUUUUGUUUUGGUUUCUUAUAGUCAGAGAAAAAAAAUCGAUGAACUUUUCAACUUAAAAUCCGUGAAAUAGUUUCUGACUUUGAAGGAAAUGUUGACUUUGUUACGCUCUUAUUUUGAAGGAGAUCCUGCAGUUGUCCAUGUCCUCUGUGAGUGAAGGAGUCGUUUGUAAAGACUGAUAAGAGGAGGAAGAAUUUGUGACUGAAUUUCUGACCAUCCCUGCAUCUCUGCGUUUGGGGACAUUUGCACAGUUUUUAUCAGUUUAUGUAAAUACAAUAAAAGUGGAAAAUGAACCGAUCUCAGCUGCUUCUGUUUUCAUUCUGGAAACAAAACUUUAGUGUCAUGAUUGUGAGGAAACCAGGAGACUGUACCUCCGAGAACAGCAGGUGGAUGACAGGUUUAGUUGUUGCAGACAUGUCUUCAUCUUCACAGUCACACCCUGCUGCACUAAGCAAAAUAAACAAGUUAGUAAAACUGAUGAAUCAGUGAAUCUGCUGCUGUUAGUUUUUCUUUUUUUUAAGUACAGGAAACAGACCUGAAUGUGUGACAACAACACGUCCAAAAGAGUCCGGCUGAGGUUCAGUUUCCUCAAUCCUAAAU